AUGAGUUCCACCUGCCUAUCAUUGAAGUCACGAGCCCAGAGCAUGAUCCCCAGGAUCGUAGCGGCUUCAGGUAUGAACCAGAGUGAAAUAGCCAGAUUUGAAAAAUCUAUACAUACCCUUUCUAAGUAUGGGGAAUACCUUUCCGGUGCCAGUGAGAUUGAUAUAGAUUACCUCGAACAUAAAGCUGCAACUGCACUUCACGAUGAAGGAUACACAAAUCUCCCAAAAGGAAGAUUAGCUGCUCGAAACAGAAUGUUCGAUGAGUCCAAAGUUACCCAAACUGCGAAAGAUCUUGAACGUGACGUUGGAACUUUCGUAAACAGUUUUAAGGGAGUCUUCUCAAGGAUGGAUCUCGACGAUGAGAAACAUGGAGAUCUCAAGAGAGAGGUCUGGAAUCUGCUUGCUGAUGGAUGCAAGGCAAGAUACCGAGAGAAUGAUGAUCGUGGGAGCGAGAGUCGAUUGGUCCUCGAUUGA